UCACCAGCGUGCGUGUCUCUUUAAAUGCGUGCAGCGCGUACGCGCUGUGUGUUUGUGUUGCUACACUAUUUGACAGCUCGAAUUCUGUUCCUGCGCAUUACCAUUACAGACCAUCCGACACCGACUGUGGAAGGGGGAACAUUUUCUCUUGAGUUGACAGCACUGGAUCAUAUAAAUGUGUGGUUUUAUGUAGCAUGCGAAAGAUUCACGAAACGGAGGCCAUGUAACGAUCAACUCAGGUUUGAUCGUAGAAGAUGCUCGGACGCUCGGACUGGUGCUGGAAUUACGAAGACAUGAUGUAGCCAUUGAGCUGGUGAUCUGUAGCGUCCAAAGACGGUGUUUCUCACCUGAUCGAGUUCCAACCUUAUUGAGUCAAGAUUUUCAACCCUUCGUGAAAAUGAGAUUUAAAUGAGCAUUGAUUAAGGAGAUGACGACUUUCCAGGACGUGAGCUGGCUGGUUCAGGUGGCUCUCUUCUGCGCCUCGCUGCUGGUCGUACUAGCCUGGCUCGUUCAGUUCUCAUUGGCAUUGCUUCGCCCCAGGUGGUGCACGAGGUUUCAGGGCAAGAGGGAGACCAAAUGGCAGCUGCCCUUGAGUCUCACCCACCAGACACUGACGGGCGGCGUGUGGGGUUCCCUCCUGAGGCUGAGGCUGGAGCGAGACGGGGCAGGGAGUGACACUGAGGCUGGUGUCAAAGGCCUUUUGUCAUCACUUUUUGUGUUCAAGUCGUUCAGAGAGCACUGGCAGAGAGCUUGGGUGCGGGCGCUCAAUGAACAGGCCUGCAGGCAAGGGAGCUCCAUUCAGAUCACCUUUGAUGACUGUCUUCAGCUCCCAACUUCUGCGUCGAUUGACCGUGUGACUUGCACUGACCAAUCAGUACGCAGCAUGGUCCUGAAGUGCAGUUGUUCAGUCGACACUGUAACAUUUCCCGUGACUGUCACUCAGCAGUCACAUGCAGCUGUUUCCAUGGAUACCUACCAGAUCACGGUGAAGCCCAUGCAGGCCCAGUUGCAGGUCUGUCUUGAGGAAGUGGAGGAAGAGGGUCUCCUUGUGUCCUGGACCUUUUCCAAGCAGCCUCAUCUCUCUUUAACUGUAACACCACGCCAAAGAGUACAGAAAGAGGGCUCUGACGUGGAGGUGGACAGUGAAAUGAUUGCGGCGCUGGUGGAGGACACACUGUACACAACACACCCUGCCAUGAUCCUCAACCUGAGAGCCUGUGUAUCAAGCCCUGCGUUUCCCAGGGAGAAGCAGAUUGGUGGUCUGAGCUCUCCAUCUCAAAGCACGCCUGUCAGGCAGAUUUUGGUGCACCAGCUCAGAGCAACCAACAUCAAAAAAGGAUGUCAGACUCAUGUAGGAGAGCUUUGUUGUAUGCUGAGUCUGGACACUCCUUCCAUUGAACGGAGAACCGGCUUCCUUACUCCUUCCCCCAGUCCUGGAGCAGCCCUUCACUGGACUGACGACUUUACACUGGAAGUAGGACCAGAAACCAAAGAACUCCAAGUAAGACUUGUGGAGAAGAACAGCAAAGGAGAACAGUUUCUGCCUGGUUAUGCUUCCUUACAAUUGGAUCCCUCUAAAAGAAUUUCUAAUGGACAACAUAAACUGUCCAUCACGCCGGGUCAUGGUCUGGCUCCAACUGCAAUUGUGACAUUAGAACUGUUGUAUUUGGAGUCCAGUGAUUUGCGUGCAGGUCAGAAUGCCACUCCUCCGCGAUCCUUGGUCACCCCCUCAAAGAAGGUGGACGUAGACCGCACCAUUAUGCCUGAUGGCACCAUUGUCACUACGGUAACCACCAUCCAGUCCCGACUAAAACUGGACUGCAAACUAGGAGACUCUCCGUCUAGGUCUCCCUCAAAGGUGGAGGUGACUGAAAAGACCCCCACUGUGCUCACAAACAGCUUCCAGAGCACCAGUGCCAGUCCCACCCCCAGCACAGAAGGCACCCUCCCUAAUGGGUUGGAUCCCAUCACAGAAACGGCCAUUCGGCAGCUAACCGAGUCAGCUAGUAAGGUACCUAAGAAGACGCCUACUAAACGCAGCACUCUCAUCAUAUCUGGGGUGUCAAAGCCUCCUGUUCCUCCACCAGCCGUAAAAAGUCUGGAAGCUUCUCUCGCCGCCUCAUCAAACGCUUUUCGUUCCGCUCAUCCAAGACAAAGGGCAAAUCCAGCACAGCCAAUGGAGGAUCCAGCACUACAAAUAACUAAAGGAGAAAUAGAGAUGAAGGACAAGUAAGAGAGACACGGUGCGGGCACCAGUCAAAUGAGUGUAGAAUUGGAUCCAAAUUUCUCCAGAACUAAUUAUUUAUGUUAUAUACUGAUUUUCUACAACCUAAUUGGGGUAACAUAAUUAUUCAGACCUCAUUGUACCCAGGAAGCCAGCCUUGUUUAGGUGAGUUUUUUUUCUGGAACAUCAUCAUUCAUCUGUGAUUUAAGGCUUUCAGGUUGGAAAACGCCAAAAUAAAUGUGGAAGAUAAAAUGAUUUGACUAUUUAUGGGUCCACUGCGAACCUAAUUAAUUUGCUAAAAUGGAUAAAAGGGUGCUUUUGUGGAUAAUUAUGAGCGAACAAACUUGAGAAACUCGAAAGGGUCUUGUCAUGCGGCUGUUGAGCACAAGGGGGCGACAUAGACCUAUGACUUGAUGCCUCCAACACUGUCAAUAUGUGUUGUUCUUCUUAUUUAUUUCAUCAGUUGCACUUUUGAUCUUAUUCGGAUUGUUUACAAUUCUGGGGAUCUCUUUUUCUGUCGUUUUAUUAUGUUUGUGUAUCGUUUACUGUUAUCAGCACUGUUUUAUUUCUCCUGAGCUCACGAGGAGUAACGUUAUUUCCAGAGUGUGAUAUGCAAAGACAUGCUGUGAGCUUUGUUCUCGUUUUUCUGUUGCUAUAACAUUUAGAUCAAGGGAUAUUAUGCCGUUUUCAAAUAGUGCUAGAUUUGACUUUCAUUGUGGCUUAAUGAUCUUUUAUAAUGAUGUUUCUAUUUGUUUAAGAAAACGGAGACUGAGAACUUACUGUAGGCAUAUCUCACUAAAUUACGUUCGUGUGUUGGUUGUAAACUGUAAGCACUUAAAGGGAUACACUACAGGGGAAAACGCAUUUGUGUAUAUGUAUAAAUUAUUCCACAACUUAUUGUAAAUCAGGCUGCAGCGGAGAAUAGUGCUAUUUUUAGGGUCCACGUGAAAACAAAGCUCAGGGGAUACAAUGAAAAGGUGAAAUAUGUUUAAUCACGGUAUCUAUCUUUUUUUUUCAGAGAAGGUUUGAACAAAACAGGCGUGAACGUUACCCCAGUAACACACAACCCCGUUUCCUCCUUCUUCUUUUUGUUCUUCCCUUUUUUUCAUUUGAGGUUAGUUGUAGUAAACUUGUACAGAGUAGCGGGCUUCCGCACGUGCGUUACUUACCACAAGUAGAUUUUAUUAAUCGUAAUGAUAAUAUUGAGCAGAAUAUUUUAUUGUUUUCUGAUACACUACAAAUUCGCGUUAACGGUAAGUUAUAACGUUAGUUCACACUCAAAGGUAUAGCGUUACCAUUAUUCACCUUGGUUUACUUUGUAUGGAUCAUAGAUUCAGUGGUGACCGAGGCUGUGGAUGUACAUAAAAUCUAUUUUUGUCUUUUUUUUUCUCUUGUUAUCAUUAAGUCAUACAGGUUUGUAAAUGAAAAGUAAUCUCAUUUUGUGUGAACUAUCUCUUUAAGAAAUCUCUCUUGUCGUAUCCCCCUCCAACCCAUAUGAUCAAGCGAAAAAUAAAAAUUGUUGUAACGUUAACCCGAAUCUAAAUAAUACAGGAAAACGUUUCACCAAUAAAAUGAUGACUUGCAGUUCAUGAAUCAAUGACAGUUUGUGUGUGAGUCCUGGAGCAUAAAGCCUGAACAUGUUAUAUAUGACCAGAAUGUUAUGAGAACUGCGAACAAACUAAGACAGUGGACCUUCUGAUGUAUUCGGAGAUUUAUAUUAUUGUGUUUAAUUUGAUGUUUAAUAUAUUCUAAAUAAACUAUUUUUGAAAAUCCA